UCGCUUCUCAUCAGAUCGUCGGGAUUCAGACGUCAUGCUUUCAUCCGUCAGAGGUAACGGAGCAUAACGUGAAUCCGCAGUCCGGGGAACAAACAUACAGACAUCCUCAUCAUCCUCAUCAGCAGCAGCAGCUAGCUCAGUGAUGAUGAACAUGGAUUUAAGUGCCGUUAUAGAGGAGAUGGAGACGGGCGACCAAGACUCGGCUCUGACGGCUUUACAGAGCUACAACAAGCAGAUGAACCAGUGCUUUACAUUCAACAGGGAUGAGCAGAAGGACAGAGAGGAAGGAAAGUUACAAAAGCAUCUGGGGGAGUUAGUGCUUGGUUUCCUGGACCGGGAGUUGCAGCCUUCCUGUCUGCUGGCCUGUCUGGAAACGGUUCGAAUCCUGUCCAGAGAUAAAAAUUGCCUGGAUCCAUUCACCAACCAAUUCGCCAUGUCCACUCUUGCCCGCUAUGCUAGCAUUGCUGUGGACAGUGCUACCACACCUGCCCACAGCCAGUCAGUGGAUGGCCAAGAAGAGGAUGCGGGAGGAGACGAGGAAGAGACGGGACAAUGUAGUAAAGUGCUGAAGGAAUCUUCCCCUGCUUCAGAAAAUCCUGACCAGGAAGUGAUUGUUGAGGCACUCAAGUCCAUCUGCAACAUCCUGCUGCACAAUGAGACAGGACAGAUGGUAGCAGCAGAUCUGCAGCUGAUUAAAGGUGUGGCAGAGAGAUUGAAACAGUGUCAUGAUCCUACUUGGAACUAUGAGGUACGUUUCUUUGACUUGCGCCUAACCUUCCUGCUGACUGCCCUAAGAGUGGAUGUCAGGGCACAGCUGGCUCAGGAGCUUCAUGGUGUCAGCCUUCUAGGAAACCACUUGGAAGCCACACUGGGUCUAUGCUGCUCAGGGACCCUGGAGACAGCAAGAGCGGGUUUUGAAGGCAUCCCGACUGAAGAGCUGCCCCCACUGAGCCGGCAGCAGACAGAACUAGCUAUGGAGAUACUGAAAAUACUAUUCAACAUCACGUUUGACAUAAACAGACGCAAAGUUGAUGAGGAAGAGGCAGCUGUGUACAGACAUUUGGGAGCCAUACUGAGGCACUGUCUAAUGAGCCAUGCUGAUGGAGAGGAGCGGACUGAAGAGUUUCACAGCCAUACUGUGAAUUUACUAGGUAACCUCCCUCUGCCUUGUUUGGAUGUAUUAUUGAUGCCCAAGGUGCAGCAAGGUUCCAUUGAAUAUAUGGGUGUCAACAUGGAUGCUGUGAACAUGCUGCUAAAAUUCAUGGAGAAAAGACUUGACCGGGGUCAUAAGCUGAAGGAGACCCUUCUUCCAUCACUGAACUUGUUGACCGAGAGUGCCCGUAUCCACAGAGAGACCAGGAAGUUCCUCAGGUCAAAAGUGCUGCCACCACUACGUGAUGUGAAAAACAGGCCAGAGGUGGGCAGCACGCUGAGGAAUAAAAUGGUCCGCCUUAUGACCCACAUUGACACUGACGUCAAGGACUGUGCGGCUGAAUUCCUCUUUGUUCUCUGCAAAGAAAGUGUUUCAAGGUUCAUUAAGUAUACUGGAUACGGUAAUGCUGCAGGCCUGCUGGCUGCCAGAGGACUGCUUAGAGGAGGUAAAGACCCUGGAAUCUACUCCGAGGAUGAGGACUCUGAGACAGAAGAGUACAGAGAGGCCAAAGCCCAAAUAAACCCAAUAACAGGAGUUGUAGAAGAGGAGCAGCCCAAUCCCAUGGAAGGAAUGACAGAAGAGCAAAAGGAAUAUGAAGCCAUGAAAUUGGUCCACAUGUUUGACAAACUGUCAAGAAACCGUUUAAUACAGCCCAUGCAGCUCGGUAUGGAUGGGACAAUGACAGAGAUGACUACAGAGGAUCUCCAUAAACUGGCCAGCAAGCCAUUGCUCCAGUCAGAAGACCCUCCUAAUUUAGACAGUGAGGAUGAAAACUGAAGAAGGAAACAAAUUCCAUCCAUGACAAUCCUAAAAAAAUCUGUGUCACUAUUUAAGCGAUUCAUAUAUCAUAAGUAUAAUUUUGUUGCAUUUUACCCAUUUUAAUUGGAGAGGAAAGAAAAUGUUAAUUUGUUUAGUAAAUGUCAAAAACACAGCUUGGCAUAACUGGUACACAAGAAGCCACUUAAAUGAUCAUAAACUCAACUACAGAAUUCAGAUAAUUUUACAAGGAUUAUUAUUUUAAUAGGAAGUUUAUAGUUUUUUCAUCCAAGAUAUUUAUGUUCAAUAAAAUAUAAAAAUGUAAUUACUAGGUUGUGUUAUGAAGCACUUAACUGGCAACAAGUGGAAGAGAAAAUUCCUUAAACACUUAUAUAAGGGAAAGAUGUCAGGGGACAGUAGCUAGCCAGCAUCAGAUGGUAGUUUGUAGUAUGGCUUUGGGCAUGAUCAACAGGAAGUGAGUGAAGUCAGGGGAGAGGUUUAGGUGGUGGAAGCUGAAGAAGGAAGAAUGAUGUGCAGUGUUCAAGGCUGAGUUGAUACAGGUGGUAGGGAGUGUUGCUAGUUGACUGGGAAAGCACAGCUGUAGUGGUGAGGGAAACUGGCAGAAGGGUAUUUGGAGAGAUUGAGUUAGAAAAGAUAUGCAGCAGGUUUGGGUGAGUAAGGAUAGUGAUGGAAAUGUAAUGAAGAGAAUGUGUUCAGGAAGGAGAAGCUCAUCAAUGAAGAAAAUGAGAGACAAAGGACUGAAGUCAGUUGGUGAAUCAGGAAGUGUAAAGGAUUAGAAAGGAGGAAGGAAAGGGCAGCUAUGAAGAGGAUGAAGCAUAGAAAGGCAGAUGGUCCAGAUAACAUACCUGUGGAGGUUUGGAGAUGUCAGGGAGAGAGGGCAGUGGACUGUUUAACACAAUCCUGGAUAGUGGUAGGAUGCCUGAGGGAUGGACAAGUAGCAUACAAGUCCUGAUUCCAAUAACAAGAGUAAUGUGCAGAGCUGUCCUAAGUACAGAUUGGUAAAGUUGAUGCCACCAUACCAUGAAAAUAUGGAAAAGAGUUGUUGAAGCUAGGCUGAGAGGAGAUGUGGCAGCAAGGACCAGUACAGCUUCAUACAGAGAGCACUACAGAUGCAAUAUUUUAUUUCUUUAGAGUUUUAAUGGAGAAGUAUAGAGCAGGUAAGAUGGAGCUGCACUGUGUGUUUGUGGAUCUGAAGAAAGCAUAAGACGCAGUGUGAAGAGGCACACAGGAGUGGUAGGGAAGGUGUGCAGUAUUAGUGUAAGAUGGGUUCAAGGUGGGGAUUGCAUUAGGGAUCUACAGUCCACAGAGGCCAGGCAGCAGUCUCUGUGGACUAUGACAUUAUGAGAGAACGGAGAGCAGAUGGAAGAUAACCUGGAGAGGUGGAGGUAUGCUCUGGAGAGGAGAAUGAGUGAGAGAGAGAGAGAGAGAGUGAGAGAUUGUGAGGGAGACAAGUGAUCCUGCAAGGAGCAGAGGUACGAUAGGUAAAUGAGUUUAAGUAAUUGGGAUAAACACCCCACAGUGUAUGAGAGGUGAAGAAGAGAGUCAAGGCAGGGUGGAGUGAGUGGAAAUGAGUGUCAGGGGUGAUUUGUGAGAGACACAUGGCAGCAAGAGAGCAAGGUUUAGACGGUAAGGAGACCUCUUAUGAUAUAUGACUUGUAGAGGGUGGCACCUACUUAAAAAAAGCAGGAUGUGCAGCUGUUGGGUUUUUCAUUAUCAGUGACCAGCAUGGACAAGAUCAGAAAAGAAGACAUCAGAGGGACAGCUUAGGUUGAGCUUUUGGAAACAAAGUAGGCUGAGAUGGUGUCAGAGAUGUUAAGGAGGAGAGUAGAUAUAUUGGACAAAGGAUGUAUAAUAUGCUGCUGCCAGGCAGGAGGAAAAGACAGAGAGGAGAAUCAUGGAUGUAGUGAGGGAGGACAUGCAGAAGGUUGGUGUGACAGAGGAGGAUACUAAGUGAGAAGGAGGCAGAUGGCGACUGUGACGACGUCAAAGUAGAGGAGCAGAGAAAAAGAAGAAAUAUGUGGGAAGGAUAUGAAAUGAGGAAUGAUUGGAUUCAAGUUAUAUGUAGGUUUUGCUGUUUUAUGUUUUUUAGGGAUCAAAUUUUUUUAGGAUACAAUAUUUAUCUUAGUCGGCUCCUAAAUAUCAAAGAAUGAUCUUCCUAUAUCUGGGUUCCACAUUGUGACUGUUGUUUACAGGGCACAGGGUAAUUAUUUUUUGAGUAGGCCUUUCUUACAGGACACGACAUACUAUCUGCAGUCUCAUUCCCAUCCACUGCUGACUUUCCCUGAGCCUGGCUCUGCUAGAACCUCUACAUGUACAAAGGGUCCGUGAUUUGUUGUAAUUGAUUUGUUGACGUUGUGAGGUCUCCUAAAAGUGCAAAGAAUUUGAUAUAAACUCAAAAGUAUCACAUAUUUUCCAGAACCUCCAUCCCAGUUAGUGCUACUCAUGACAAUCAAGAGACCUGUUGCAGAAAAACUGUCUUCAUAAUUAAAACUAGUCUCUCUUAUUUGAAGUUGAACAUUGUAGGAGAAUUUUACAGAACGCUCUUGCUCUUUGUGAGGACACGAUGUAUCAGUUUUUUCUUUAGAGCAGUAGAAUAGCAAUGUAUGAAAGUAAAAGAGCAGCUGUUCAAUUUUUGAUGGUGGACUCAGCUAUAUUUUUGAAAAAAUCUGAAUGACUUUUAGAUGCCCAUUCUUUUUAAUAAUGUCCUCCAGAUAUUUUAUUUUUAGACUUGAAAUGAACUGCAGACAUCAUCCUAUCAAUUAAAGGCGAAAUAUUCUAAUGCAGAGUGUAGUCUGAAACACUAUAUGUAUACUCCUUUCUAUUGUUCUUGUUUAGUUGAUAAUUUUAUCGUGGACUGCAAACUACAUUAAAUGUGUUUAAA